AUGUUGCGGCAAUCAAACGUUCCCACGCGCAGUCUCUCACACCCAUCGUCGUCCGUGUGUACGCGCACGCACGCACGCUCGCGAUCCGCGUACACGCAGGGAAUCAAGGAAGACCUGCAGGCGUUCAAGAGCCAGGUGUGCGUGCUCGACCCGGACUGCGUCGUCAUCUGCCUCAUGUCCCACGGGAGGAAGAACUGCAUCUUGGGCGACGACAAAGGGGAGCUGGAGCUGCAGUCUGUCUUCGACGAGUUCAACUCGAAGGAAUGCGUGGCGCUUCAGAACAAGCCGAAGGUGUUCAUCAUCCAGGCCUGCCGGGGAGUGGAGAAGGACGACGUGGAGACGGACAGCGUGAGCGACACCCCGCUACGUCCGCAGAAGUACGCGGACAUGCUCAAGGUGUUCAGCUCCCCCGAAGAUCAUCUUUCAUUCCGCAAGCCGGAUGAGGGAUCCCUGCUGAUUCAGAAUAUUGGCAAGGUCUUCCUUCAGCACAUGGACACCAUGCACGUUAUGGACAUGAUGACGAUGGUGACCAAGGAGAUAGGAAAUCAAGACUUUGUUAUGAAAUCCAAAAAAGUUAAGGUCAUCCCUGUUGUGGAGACGACACUCACAAAGAGUCUCUACCUGUGCGAGACUGCCUAGGCACACCCGGACACAUCCUGCCUGCAACCCUCUCCAUUGCCUUCGUUUCCUUCCAAUCGCUUAGCUGCGCGUCACGCUUUGAUGUAAACAAUCGCGGUGAAGGUGCCUACGGUCGUGUCGCCCAGCGCCAUUCGUUCUCCGACGUGUUUUCGACAUCGUGCCGAACAGCGACGUGCCGUUCUGCCCAUCGGCGUCGUGCUGAACAGCCCACAGGCACCAUCAGAAUCGAAUUUUUU